CAUAGGAAUAUUUUUCGUAGACAAAUAACAUUCCAAAUUACUGCCUUAUCCGGGCAACUUCAAAAUUGUUCAGUUUUUAAUCACCUUUCCCUUUCGAAAACCUCAAGACGGUCGGGCCAAAAUGAAUUCCUGCUGCUGCAGAUCGCACAGCGAUCGCACAGAUCCGAUGGCCUGUCUGCCGCAGUUCGCCUCCAGUCGCCUCCAGCGGGUCCAAAGUUGUAGGCCAUAUUUGGAGGGUCGAAGGGCCGCCAGUUGUUGUGUGUCGAGCGAAAGGCGUUGGGGUCAGAGGAACGGGGGAAUGAUCCAGUUGCUGGCCAAUAUGGUAAACAAAUCGACCAGCUCGGUCUGCCAGUUCCUCCAUCAACUGACCCUGCAGCUCUUCGCCAGAAUUCUAUAUCCCUUAAUUUUGGGCUGGAAUACGCUCAAGAUACCAUUCGUUCUGCCCGAUACGUGUGAGCUUUACUACGGGAUAUUCGAUGAAUGCGGAAAUCUGAGGAAGCCCAUUCCCACACGGACGUUGCUCAUCUUGAUAACCAUGAUGCAGUACUUUCUGAAUUUACCCAAAGUAUGCAAGCGAAAUAACAAGUGUUGUUCGGGAUGCAAGAACAAGGACGAUAGUCUUCAGAAUAUUCACAAUCCUGGUUAUUGCGGCAAGGAUGCCAUGUUACCAUUCUCGAGAAUCGGGAUGCCAGGACAACCGAAAUCGAAAUCACCGGGUAGCGAAGUGUGGGCGGGACUCAGGCGAUUGGGUUACCAAAAAGGUGGCGAUCUGGAGAGCUAUCCCUCGGAUGAGUCUAUACCAUAUGGCUAUGCGCCGGCACGAUGUCCCUGUCAGUCUGGCUAUUACAAUGAACAGAGGUCCAGACGGGAAUUUAAGAAUCCCUAUGCCAAUAUGACGGCGGAAAUGAGAUCCCAGGCCUGCGAGGAGAUACUGCAAAGUCCCAUGUUGGCCAACGAUUGCGUACCGAGUGCGAGAUCUCAAAUGGCAGCCCUUUCCCCUCAAGCAGCUCAACUCGUUCAGAUUUCGCACAUCUCGGAUCUAUAUGCUGCAGUUGUACAAAAUCAACAUUCUAGAAGGUUACUUCAAGACGGAAAACCGCCAAAGCCAAGGGUAAAACCCUGCACUGAAAACCGACGCAGAUUCUCCGGUGGCUUCAUGAUGCCCGAACCCUAUUUCAAUGGAAUGCCAUGGAGCUGGCUGCACAGGGAUCCACAGCGAAGGGUGCGAUUACCAAGUGGAGGUCUUCCCACGGAUGUCGUCCCAUGGAAAUAUAAAGAGUACAAUGAUCUCGGAUAUAAAUAUGAGAAUUUUAGCAGACUGGUUAACCCCUUCAAGGAGAGCAGCCUCUUGCCCAUUGAACCAAAAAGAUUCCAACCCGUUAGCUGGGAGCAAAAGAUCAAGGAUCUUGGAAAAUUUCCUAUUAAACUUCCUCUUGGGGAAAAGAGGAAAUUGGAGUGGGAGGAGCUCUUAUUAAAGAGAGUAACUCCAGCUGGAAAACCCAAGGGUGGCUUUGACUAUUGGAGUGAGAUGAUGGAGAGAAAUCAGCUGAGAAGGACAAUCGAUAGAGAACGUAUACGAAAUCCGAUAUUCCCGAUAACAAGAGAAAGAAGUUAUUCUCCAGCGGGUAAAGAUAUUGCCCGAAUGAUAAUGCCAAAAAGUAAUAACUCUCUAAAAUCAGCAAGGAAAACUCCAAAGAAUUCAUUCGAAAAUAAAAAACCUACAUCUACGAAUCAGACUAAAAUUAAACGGAUAAACAGUGGACGAAAAGAUAAUGUUUCAGAGAAACCAAUAAAGGAGACCAAACCAAGAGAACGUCACAUCAAAAAGUCUGUUAAUAAUAUUCUGCAAUAUGAAAAGAUUGAAAAAAGCAGUAAACGAAAUUAUCCUGAUCCCGAGGAUUACAGAAAAGAAAUUUCUAGAAAUCGACGAAGAUCUAAAAAAGAAAAUCAAACGGCGAGGUACAUCACCUGA